AUGGAAAUGAUUAGAAAGUUGCUCGCCAGAAUUGGCAUCAACAAAACGGAGCCACCUGUGAGUUUGUUUUAAAAUUUUUUUUAAAUAAUAGAUUAUAAUGUUCCUAAAUUUUUUGAGAGUCUGGGAGAAGGUUCUGAAGGUCUUGAAGGUUAUCAGGAUUCUGUAGAAGGCUGGACAGAAUUCUAGAAGCUCUAGAAUUUUUACAGAAUUUUGUGGAGGUUUCGUAAAAAAUUUUCUGAAUUUCAGACAAAAAUCUGAAGGUUUCUAGAAUUGUGUAUAGUUUGUGGCUGAUCUUUAGAAGCUCCAGAGGUUUUCUGAACUUUUCAGAAGCCGGACAGAAUUCUAGAGCGCUCAGAAGCUUUCCAUAAUUUUUCCGGCUCACAUUCAGGAGGAAUUCUGGAAGGCCUAGAAGAUUUUCAGAAUUUUCUAGAAUUUUUUUGAGAUUUUGUAGAGGAGAAACAAAGAUCUAGAAGCUCCAGAAGUAUUUCAGAUUUUUCUAGAAUCCUUUCAAAUAGCCUAGGAGGUUUCCGGAAAGUUUUCAGAAUUUCAGACAGAAAUUUUAAGCGCCUCGAAAGUUCCUGAAAUUCAAAAUUUCCAGACCUACAACGAUCUUCCAAAUGAAAUAAAAAUGGAUAUCAUAAAUAUGCUUGGUUCAAAAGGCAGAUCAAAAAUGUCACAAGUUUCAAAAUUGUGUGCCGCACAAUGCAAAGAAUCAUCAUUCUAUCUGCAAAAUCUGGAGUUUUCCAGUUCUGAAAUCAAACCAAAGAUUGAAGUUGGACAUGCCGCAAAUCGAACAGAUUAUAUUUUAACGUUCGGAGAAAAUGAGAUUGUUUGGUGAGCCUAGAACCUUUGAGGAUGAAACAUCUAUAUUUUUUUCAAAUAUUUUUUCUUUGCAGCCUCUCACGAAAUGAAGAAAAAGUUUUAUGGAGAGAAACCCUGGAAAAAUCCGAAGGAAACGCAAAUCUCAAUUGUUGUCGACACUUUGAAAAAAUGUUGGAAGAACAUCAAAAAUCAAUCAGAUCUAUUGUUAUCAACCCUUAUUCUGCACGGUAUUUGAAAUUUGAUGUGGCUAGUUUUCCAAGAUUGGAAAAUCUUCAAAUCACACUUAAAUUUGGUAUUGAUUAUUAUCAAAUUUUCGGGAAACUUGUGAGACCUUUGAAAACUCUGGAAGUUCUUCAAGGUUUUGAUUCAAGCGAUUCGGAUUCUGAUAUUUUGGAAUAUGAUCAGGUAAUAAUUUUGGGUACAGGGUUUUUUAGAGAAUGAAUUUAUUUUCAGAAGUUAAAGAGUUUCCUUAAAAAUCCUCUAUAUAUUUUUCAGAUCUAUCAAGUGCAAGAUAAAGUAUCAUUAGAUAAUUUGCAUUUGAAAAAUGAGCAUCUCAUCAGAUUCACAGCAAAACAUCUGGAAAUAACAAUUGGAGAUUUGACCGAAGAAAAUGUUGCAAAUUGGCUGAGAACCUAUCAAAAUGGAACAAUGCAACAUACUAUAAUUCAUUACACGUUUUCUGUCAGAGAUUCCGAUUUUGAUUGCCAUAAAUUGUGGAGACUUUUGGGAUCGAAUGAGCAGAAUCUGUGAGUUAUCUCAACUUCUUUUUAUAUAAUUCUUUUUUAUAUCAAUUUUUCAGUGAGAAACUUCUUGCAAUUCGAAGAAAUGACAAUCGAAGAAAAUUUCUGUACUUGAAAUUUACUCACCGAUGUUUGGUGGUAACAAAUCCUAUGCUUUAA